GCAAGGCUUGAAGAGGAACGCCCGGGGGAGGGGGCGGGCGCCGAACCCACGCAUCCCCAGCCCGGCCGUGGUCCCCUGCAGUCUCGGGGCCGGCACCAACAUGCCCUUUGACUUCAGGAGAUUUGACAUCUACCGGAAGGUUCCAAAGGACCUCACGCAGCCAACGUACACUGGGGCUAUCAUCUCUGUCUGCUGUUGCCUCUUUAUUCUGUUCCUCUUCCUCUCGGAGCUCACUGGAUUCAUAGCCACUGAAGUAGUGAACGAGCUAUAUGUCGACGAUCCCGAUAAAGACAGUGGAGGCAAAAUAGAUGUCAGUCUGAACAUCAGUUUGCCGAAUUUACACUGUGAAUUGGUUGGACUGGACAUCCAGGAUGAGAUGGGGAGACAUGAAGUCGGACAUAUUGACAACUCGAUGAAAAUCCCUCUGAACAAUGGUGAAGGCUGCCGGUUCGAGGGCCAGUUCAGCAUCAACAAGGUCCCUGGCAACUUUCACGUAUCAACACACAGUGCCACUGCACAGCCCCAGAAUCCAGACAUGACUCAUGUCAUCCACAAGCUGUCCUUUGGAGAUACAUUGCAGGUUCAGAACAUUCAUGGAGCAUUCAACGCUCUGGGAGGAGAAGAUAAACUCACUUCUAACCCCCUUGCAUCCCAUGAUUACAUCUUGAAGAUCGUCCCCACGGUGUACGAAGAUAAGAGUGGAAAACAGCGGUACUCAUACCAAUACACGGUAGCCAAUAAGGAAUAUGUUGCCUACAGUCACACUGGUCGCAUCAUCCCUGCCAUUUGGUUUCGCUAUGACCUGAGCCCCAUCACGGUGAAGUACACAGAGCGGCGACAGCCACUGUACAGGUUCAUCACCACGAUCUGUGCCAUCAUUGGAGGCACUUUCACGGUGGCCGGAAUCCUGGACUCCUGCAUUUUCACAGCAUCUGAGGCCUGGAAGAAGAUUCAACUCGGAAAGAUGCAGUAACCCUGUGACUCCGACUCAUUUUGCCAGAGACAGCAAUGCAGGAUCUCAGACUCAUCACUCUAACAAAUAUAUUUCCUUUUUCCCUCUAUCAGAGUUGAUAUUCAGUUUUGUUGGUUGAAGUUACAGAGUGGGUAGUUGCUACACCAAGGUUUCUCUUCCCACACCAUACUCCCAUUUCAGGGGGAAUUCCAACUUACACAUUCUCUUCUUUUGUUUUUGAAAAGAAAAUACUGACUAUUUUUAGGAAGAAAGUCGACUGCCAGUGCCAAGAAUCGUGGUGCUCCCUGCCCUGGGGGGUAGGGGGUAAGGGUAGAAAUAAUUUCCUAAGAAGCAAACAGGAGGGCUCAAGGGUUGUUGUGAUAGAGUUUCAUUGGGAAGUAACAAGAAAGUCCAGGAGUGACAGGCUCUCAGUAUCUUUCGGACAGUUACCUGGCUCACUUCUCCUGAGCAUCAAUCUGAAGUAAGUGGAAAAUGAGGAAAGCCCUUUUGGAGAGAGAAAACAUUUGGUUUCUUGCCCAGGGAUACCAUGUGAGACCUCUCCCUAUGCCCAUCCCUAACAUCACGCUUUGGCGAUAUGCACUUGGCUGAACUAUAUUAAGGUACCAAUUGAACUUAUGUUGUAUAGGGCUCGAGACCCCUGUUUCUCUCUCUCUCUCUCUCUCUCUCUCCCUUCCUUUUUAAAAGUGGGUUUCAGGCUGCCAAGAACCACAGCCCCCAAGAGACUGAAGUCUGUUCACCACUGGUGCAGCCUAGCCAACGGCUGCAAAAUUAAGUUUUCCUCCCAUUUUCCCCAUCACUCUUAACCUCCCACCAAUGUGCCUCAGUCCUAACCAAAGGACAACACCUCUUAGCUAAGGAAACAGCCUAGCCUCUGGACCCACCCCACCUUUCCAUUGGCACCUCAGCCCUUUGUGUUGACAAAGUGGUGGUGAGUGGUUGGGCGUCUUACAGGGUUUAGAUCUGGAAGAAGCCUUAGGGACCACCUAGUUCAACCUCCCUCAUUUUACAGAGGAAGAAACUGAGGCCUGGAAAUGGGAAAUGCCAUGCCCAAGGGCAUACAGCUAAUAAACUGUAGGAGAGAGAAAACUCAUUUCCUCGUCCUUUAAAUCCAGUGUUCUUUCCACCGCUUGACAAUAUUCUCUAUGUAGGCCCAGUGGCUUUGCUCAGGCCCAGAGAGUGACCAGUAAGCAUCAUUCCCAAUGACAUGGAGACUUUUCCCCAUUGGUCCUAGUUUUGUGUGACAUCUCGGGGGCAACAAGCUCAUUGCUAAUAUGAAAGUAGAGUCAGCGAUUUUCCCUGGUGACAUCCUAGUUCAAGCUGUUUUUGUUUGCUUUGUUCAGGUGUUAUUUUGGUUUGGUUUGUUUUCACCAUCCCCGCCAAUGGCAAACAGAAAAGGGACUGUCCCGGCAUGGGCCCGCAGCUCCUGCCUGCCUCCCUUAUCAGACGCUUGCUCUGUGGUUUCUUUCACCAGCCCCUCCAGCCACUAAGACUAACUCGAGACAGUCAUGCAGCUGGCGAGGCAGCAGCAGUUCAGAGCUGUCUCUGCUGCUGCUGCUGCUGCUGCUGUUUAUACUUCCUUUCAUCAGAAGAUUCUCCUUUUAGAGCAGAACAAGGAAGGACGAGCAAGCCAGGCCAGGGAGGGAUGCAGUGAAGGGAAUUUCAAAUAUUCUAUGUUGAUCCCAGAGAGAGCACCACCCUUCCAUUUUCCAUGCACACCAAGAAUUCUUCGCGUGCUUUGGUGAUUCCGGAUAAUGUCCAGUUGGAUUUAUUUUUUAACAAGGCUUUUGCCAUUUAUUAUUUUAAGCCCCUAGUGCCAAUUAGAAAAACUCCCCCCCCCUUUUUUUAUUAUGAGUUCAUUAAUAUUGUAAGUGUAACUGGAUUUUGUCAUUUCUUGUAUCUGUCACUGUUUGGAUGGAUUUUAUAUAUAUAUUUUUUUUCCAUUUACAAAAUUCAGAAAUGGAAAUGAUCCCUUGUGUAUGGGGGAAUGAGGGGGUUGGGGUGUGUGUGUGUGUGUGUGUGUGUGUGUGUGUGGCAUGCAUAUGUAUGCAAGUUUUAAUGGAAUUUUUCCACCGUGGAGGUGGAGGGGUGGGUGGGGGACUUCAUUUCUCCAAUGAAAGGAUACCAAUGACCUGUUUUCUUAACAAAAUUCUUAAGGGGGGAAACUUUGCCCUCUUUGUUUCUUCCACCUAUUGGGUUUAAGAAGAUUAAAAAGCUGUGAUUUUCAGAA